CCGGAUUUAUAAAAGUUGUCAACAGUUUGCUAAAUAGAAAAACAUGUAGCUAGAUACUGAGACCAGAACCGUUCUUUUAUAGCUGAAUGAGAAAGCCACCCGUCUUUUUCCAGCAGAGAAAGAGAGACGGGGGAAGGAGUGACUGAAGACAGGCGCCGCUGCGGAAAGCAGAAGUAGUUAGUUACAGUAGUUAACUAGCUAGCCAGAAUGUUUAGCUACUGUAGCUAGUUAGCUAACUUGUAUUGUGAUAAGUAUAAGUACCAGGCCAGCUAAAAACGGACUGGUGUGUGUGAUAACUCCAGCCUGCUCUCCCUCUCCGUGGCUACACUACUGAUGCCGGUCUCGGCCGGGACUCCAUGGAAGAGCUGCUAGCACAGGACGGAACAAGGAACGGGACUGCAACCGAGGCUCACCCCUGCCCGGGCAAGCCCUCUGCCCAUCUCACUGGUCCAACGGGAUAUUAUUACCGUGGGGUGAGCCUGGAUCGGGAGUUACGGCCGACCGACCGAGCGGCGAUGGGAUGUUCGACAGACACGGUUGAAACCCCUGGAACCUGCUUCUCCCGCUACAGAAUCCGGGUAGAGAUCCAGUACAAGAUGAGUGGGGGGAAGAAGAGGAGUGGCUUCCAGAUUACUAGUGUGACGUCAGACUACACGCAGAGCUCUGGGGAAGCCCCACCCCAUGUUCAGGCCUCUAGCCAAUCAAAUCCCUCCCUUCAGUCCUCCAGCCAAUCCACUGAUUCCUCCCAGCCUGGCCUCUCCCACCAGCAGGGAAGUUUCUCCCAGCCGACGACUCCCCUCUCUCUGAGGAAAUCCAACUCACAAGAUGCUGUGGGGCAGGGGUCCAGGUUUCGAGUUGUCAGAUUGGGCCAGGACCAUGGAGGACCCUAUUGCCGGGGGCGGUGGACCUGUACGGACUCUUUGGAACGAGAGGAAGGGGUGGGGCCUAGAUGGGUGAUGGACAGCAUGAGACACGCCCACUCUCUGGAGUCCCUGGAGGGGAUUGGUCUACAGAGGGCUGGGGGAGGGGCUGGAGGCGAGCUGCUGGGGCACGUGCGCACUCUCAGGACAGGACACCUUGUUCACUCUCAGGGUACCUCCCACUUGCUGGCCCAGCCAGUAGGGUCAGACGGGGAGGGGUUUGGAGGGCUGAAGCCUCUCCUCCACAGCGACCCGCCCAACCCCACACACCUGGAAAGAUUCAACUUGCGAGUGGUCGACUCCAUGCCCCCCCUGCCCAGCCCCCGCCCACGGAACAUCCCACCCCCUCUACGCCUGGAUGUGGACGCUACCGGGAGGUCUCUGUUGAGAGUGUCUCAUUCCCAGCCCAGCUCCCCUGGGCCCCCCCUACAGGGUAGAGAUGGUACUUUCCUACCCAGUCUGAUUCCCAUCCAGACUUCUUCGGCCUGGUCCAUGUUCGGCUCCGGGGAGGCUGUCCAUCUGCCAGGGGACGACAGUCUGAAAGAUGACGACCCAGAGGAUCAGGAUGAGACAGUCUGUAACCGGGAGGAAGACGGCUCCAUCAACAACAACCGACGCAAGGAUGAAGCUAAUAAGAACGGUGGGAAGUGGAUCAUCAGGCUGCGGAAAGGUCUUGCCAGCAGGUUCUGGGAGAACAUUAUUCUGGCCAUGUUGGGAGAACAGUUCAUGGUGGGAGAGGAGAUCUGUGGGGUGGUGGUCUCUAUACGGUUCCAGGAGGACAUCUUGUCUAUAUGGAAUAAGACGGCCAGCGAUCAGGUGACGACAUCUAGAAUCCGAGACACUCUUCGGCGCGUCCUGAACCUCCCUCCCAACACCAUCAUGGAGUACAAGACACACAACGACAGCCUCAAGGAUAAUUCCAGCUUCCGCAACACAAAGAUCACCCUGUGAAGAGAGACGGAAGAGGAAGAGAUGCAAACCACCGUUUCUCCUGAAGUUAUACUGUUUCCUCAUAAAUGAUAACAUGACUCUGUCACAUUUCUCACAUCUCUCGGCAUCUCUCUUUCUCUCUCGGCAUCUCUCUUUCUCUCUCGGCAUCUCUCUUUCUCUCUCGGCAUCUCUCUUUCUCUCUCGGCAUCUCUCUUUCUCUCUCGGCCUCUUUCUCUCUCAGCGUCUC